AUGAACCAAAGAGCUAAAACAGAACUCAGAUCUAGUUGGGAAGAAUAUUUUGGCACUGAAACCAAAGUUGAGCAGACGCAAAAUGGAACCGCAAUCAAUGAUACAACAAAUUCUAAUAAUUAUUACGUUUUUUAUUGUUUAUUUGAAGAAUGCAAAGAAAUCGGUGCAAUUUACAUCAAAAGAACAAACAGUAUUUGCACGUUACUUGAAAAUUCUAAAUUUAACAACUGUAGUUACACCUCAGAUGAUGGUGGUGGAUCUGUUCUCUAUCACUGCUAUUACCAUGGACAAUUUGUACAAAAACGAACAUGCUACUUUAAAUCAAUAGCAAGCAAUAAUUUCAUGGCAUUUAGACAAUGGACUAAUCCUGAACCUUCAUAUAAAAACUACGCAAUUGAUGUUUCUGUUUGUAAUUGCGGAGAAAGUGAAUCAAAAGGAAGUUUUACAUUUCUUAUUAUAUAUGGUGAUAUAAUUAUUUCCAAUAUCAAUAGCACAAAUAACAAAUGUAAACAAUUUUCAUCAAUAAGUAGUCACCUUAACGGAAGAUCAUUUUCAUGUAAUUUCUCAACAUUCAGAGGAAACAACCAAACUGAAACUUAUUCACUUUUCUUUGAGAUUAAUGCAGGUAGUCCGAGAUCUAUACAAACAAUUUCUUAUUGCAAUGUUAUUGGAAAUAAAUGCGGAACAGAUAAUAACCAAGUUUUAUUUGUUAGUACAUACACAACUAAUGUUGAUCACUGCAUAUUUUUAAAUAACACUGCAAAGUACAUGUUUCAUAACGAUGUUAAAAAUUACAAAUUGACUAUUUCAGAUUCAUAUGUUGAUUCACAGUCAGUUACAAGUACAGGAGGAAGUGUUACAUUUACUAAUCUAACAAAUAAUUACGAUUUUUAUAAUUUUUAUAAUUUUUACACAGAAAAUUGUUUUGCUGCAAGAAAAUCCAAAUUUAGUGGUGGAACUAAAGCACUUUAUAAACCUCUAUUUCUUAACAGGAGGCGGUAA